CAUGUCGCUGCGACCCCGAGCAUCCUCCCAGCCCGGGAUCCUUUCCCUCCUGCCCAUCCACAAGGGGAUUUCAUCCCUGCGACCGCGGGCCGUGUCCUCUCGCUCGGGCUCCAUGCUGGAAGACGAGCUCUCCUGUCCCGUCUGCUGCGAGAUCUUCAAGGAGCCCGUGGUGCUGAAGUGCAGCCACAGCUUCUGCAGGGCCUGUCUCCAGCAGUUCUGGAACAAGAGGAAGGCCCGGCGCGAGUGUCCCAUCUGCAGGAGGAAGUGCUCCCUGACGGAGCCCACGGUCAGCCUGGCGCUGAAGAACGUGGCCGACACCUACCAGAGGGAGCAGGAGCGGAGGACGGCCGGGGCCGGGCCGGGGGGAGGACAGGAGGCCGGGGCGGUGGAGGAGAAGUGUGUCACACACGGGGAAGUUCUCAAGCUUUUCUGUAUGGAUGACCUGGACGUCCUGUGCUGCGUGUGUCACACGUCCAAGAAGCACCAGGGACACAGAGUUUGUCCCUUGGAAGAAGGAGCUCAGGAUCUCAAGGCGGAGCUGAAAAACGAUCUGAUUCCUCUAAAGAAAAACCUGCGCCACCUGUAUGAAGCCAAGCAGGAGUGUGAUGACACAACUGUGCACAUCAAGAACCAGACUCAGGCCACGGAGAAGCAAAUCAGAGAGCAGUUUGAGGAGCUGCGGGAUUUUCUCCAACGAGAGGAAGAGGCACGACUCGCUGCCCUGCGGCAAGAGGAUGAGGAGAAGAAAGAGCUGGUGAGGAAGAAGUCUGACAACGUCAGCAGAGACAUCCUCACCUUCUCUCAUGCUGUCAUUGCCAUUGAGAAUGAGAUGGCAUCCCGGGAUAUUCUGUUUCUCCAGAAUUAUUCCAGCACAAAGAAAAGAGCACAACUCCCACAGAAAGAUCAUGACAAAGUUUCAGGUGCUCUUCUGAAUGUGGCCAAGCACGUCAGUUCCCUCAAAUACCAUGUGUGGGAGAAGAUGCUAGAACUGGUUGACUACACACCCAUCACCUUGGAUCCCAACACAGCUUACUCCUGGCUGUCCCUCUCCCCAGACCUCACCAGCGUAGCCAACGGUGGAUCGAUGAAGACGCUGCCAGACAAUCCCGAGCGUUUCGGACACUUUGUGUUUGUGCUGGGAUCAGAGGGCUUCACCUCCGGCCGCCACGCGUGGGAGGUGGAGGUGGGCGAUAAGGUGGACUGGAUGCUCGGGGUGGUCAAGGGCUCCAUAGACAGGAAAGGCCGCAUCUCGGGCUGCCCCGAGGGCGGCUUCUGGAUGAUCUCCCACUACGAGGACGAGUACUCGGCCAUGACGAGGCCCAGGAGCCCCCUGCGUCUGGAGGACCCGCUGACUCGGGUCAGAGUGCAGCUGGACUACGAAUCCGGAGAGGUGGCCUUCUCCAACCCCGUCACCAUGAAGCCCAUCUACACCUUCAACGACUUCUUCACUGAGAAGAUGUUUCCCUUCUUCUGCCCUGGAGCCAACAUCAACGGGAACAACCCCAACCCCCUGAAAAUCUGCCCUGCCAAGGUGGCGGCGUGGAACAGUGCCACCUGGUGAUUUGAGAGCGUCUCCCACAGGGACAUGAGUGUUUUACCAGGCUACAGAAAUUAAAUCCCAUCCAUGCAGGUAUUCAUGUAGAACAAGUUUGAUUCAAGAUUUCAUUUGGGUUCCUGACAUGAUUGAUUGGAGUUCAUGAAGCACAAAGUGCAGGUCUGUCUCCUAAUCCCCUUCACAGUCUGGAGCAUCAAUCUCCCACUGGUGGUAGAAAAACCCCUCAAGAGCCCAAUUAAUAUACAUGUCAUGAUUCCAUGAAACUGAUUUUACAACAACAUUUACACUUGCAAUAAAAAUCCUCCAGAUUUGCUUUCAUUUA